UUCUAUUUUUCUCAUCAUAAAUCUGAAGAGAAAAUGAAUCUGCACUGAGUGAGAGAUUCUUGCGGUUACAGUGCGUUCAAAGUUUCAGUUUGGUGACAUCGAUAUCUGAGACUGGUGCAAUAUGGCUACGAAUUCAACAACUUCAGGGCACUGCCCUUCUCCAAUGAAGGCAACAUCAAACGGCGUGUUCCAGGGUGAUAACCCUCUUGAUUUUGCACUCCCUCUCGCCAUCCUUCAGAUAUGCAUGGUGGUUCUACUCACUCGUAUCCUCGCUUUUCUUCUUAAACCUCUACGGCAGCCUCGUGUCAUCGCCGAGAUUGUUGGAGGAAUAUUGCUUGGUCCAUCAGUUCUUGGCAGAAACGAAAAGUAUCUUCAUACAAUCUUCCCUCCAAAGAGUCUAACGGUGCUGGACACCUUAGCCAAUCUCGGUCUCCUUUUCUUUCUAUUCCUCGUCGGCCUAGAGUUGGAUCCGAAAUCGAUUCGCCGCACCGGAAAGAAAGCUCUUUGUAUAGCACUUGCCGGGAUUAGUCUUCCUUUUAUACUAGGAAUAGGAACAUCGUUUGCCCUUCGUGCUACUAUCUCAAAGGGUGUAGAUGAAGCACCAUUCCUUGUCUUCAUGGGGGUUGCUCUUUCCAUCACUGCCUUCCCUGUGUUAGCCCGUAUUUUGGCUGAGCUAAAGCUUUUAACAACUGAUAUAGGCCGAAUGGCUAUGUCUGCUGCCGCCGUCAACGAUGUGGCUGCAUGGAUUCUGCUAGCACUUGCCAUUGCCUUAUCAGGAACCGACAGUUCUCCACUUGUAUCAUUGUGGGUUUUCUUAUGUGGCUCUGGUUUUGUCCUUGGAUGUACACUCGUUUUCCCUCCUAUAUUCCGAUGGAUGGUUAACCGUUGCCCCGAGGGCGAACCAGUGAAAGAAUUGUAUGUAUGUGCAACUUUGACGGCAGUUUUGGCAGCGGGUUUCAUUACAGAUCUUAUCGGAAUCCACGCCCUCUUCGGUGCAUUCAUGGUCGGGGUUCUCGUCCCUAAAGAAGGCCCAUUUGCUAGUGCCAUGGUGGAAAAAGUUGAAGACCUUGUUUCAGGCCUGUUUCUACCAUUAUACUUUGUGUCAAGUGGAUUGAAAACAAAUGUAGCCGCCAUUCAAGGUGCUCAGUCCUGGGGCCUCCUCGUUCUAGUUAUCGUCACCGCAUGUUUCGGGAAGAUCGCCGGCACCGUCUCCGUUUCCCUUCUAUGCAAGCUGCCUUUCGGGGAGGCUUUAGCCCUAGGGUUCCUUAUGAAUACAAAAGGCUUGGUGGAGCUCAUUGUUCUCAACAUCGGUAAAGAUAGAAAGGUUUUGAACGACCAAACAUUUGCAAUCAUGGUCUUGAUGGCCAUAUUUACAACUUUUAUAACUACUCCCCUUGUGAUGGCAGUGUAUAAGCCAGCUAAACGAAAGGGUAAAGAGCACAAGUACAAAACAAUUGAGAGAAAAGACAGUAAUUCUCAGCUUCGAAUAUUGGCUUGCUUCCAUAGUUUGAGAGAUAUACCCACCAUGCUUAAUCUUAUUGAGGCUUCACGUGGAACUGAGAAAAAGGAAGGAGUUUGUGUGUAUGCUUUACACCUCAUGGAGCUCUCCGAGAGGUCAUCCGCCAUUGUUAUGGUCCAUAAGGCAAGAAAGAAUGGACUUCCCUUUUGGAACAAAGGGACAAACUCUGACUGUGAUCAAAUUGUGGUUGCUUUCAAGACUUUCCGGCAACUAAGCCGAGUGUCGGUCCGCCCGAUGACGGCCAUCUCGUCGUUGUUUAGCAUGCAUGAGGACAUCUGCAAUAGCGCUGAAAGAAAAAGGGCGGCCAUGAUAAUCCUCCCCUUCCAUAAACACCAUAGGGUGGACAGAACGUUCGAGACGACUCAAACCGAAUAUCAGUUGGUCAAUAAGCGAGUUCUUGAACAAGCGCCAUGCUCGGUGGGGAUCUUUGUCGAUCGUGGUCUAGGUGGAACCACACAUAUAUCGGCAAGCAACAUUGAUUCCGUCGUAACCGUCUUGUUCUUCGGCGGACAUGACGAUCACGAAGCACUUGCUUAUGGAGCUCGUAUGGCAGAGCACCCUGGCAUCAGUCUAACCGUCGUUCGCUUCUUACCCGGCCCCGAAGUUUCCGGCAACAUCGUCGCGGCCGAUACAAACACAAGCGACGAAGGAUUCCUGAUGGAAUUCAAGAACAAAAUCUCAAACGACAGCUCAGUAAGUUAUGAAGAAAGAGUGGUAAGAAACUCGACGGAAACCAUUGAAGCAAUCGGAGAAUUCAGCCGCUGCAACCUUUUCGUAGUGGGGCAAAUGCCGGAGUCUCAAACGACGGCCAUACUGAAUGCAAAGACAGAGUGCCCUGAGUUAGGACCAAUAGGCAGUUUAUUGAUUUCACCUGAAUUCUCAACAUCAGCAUCUGUUUUGGUGGUGCAACAGUAUAAAACCACCAAGCAAUCACCUCCUCCUUCAGUUUCUUCUACAAAAGUUGCAGAGAUACCAGAAGGGUAUGAGCAAAGUCCAUGAUCGUUUUGGUUUGCCUUUGUAAAUAUUGUUGGAACUACGCAUCAU